AUGCGCUCGUCAGCAGCUCUGCUUCGUCUCUUCCGCUCCUCAAGCGGAUACCUCCCCCGAGCUCGAGCUGUUCCAUAUGCUUCCAUUGCUAAGAGACCAUCGUCACUUUCCACAAGGCUCAACGCCACAUAUGUCAAUACUCCCCGAAGAUACAACUCCGGCUCAUCAGAAUCAGAGCCAUCCCCACGACCAUUAACAGACCGGGUUCCCAACGCAUCUACCGACGAGGCCAACGCCCAGCAAAAUGCCGCGCGUCGAGCUGAGGAGCCGGCGUAUCGCAUUGUAUUCACAUGCAAGCCCUGCGGCCACAGAUCAGAUCAUCAAAUGUCCAAACACGGGUAUCACAAAGGGACAGUCCUCAUUACCUGCCCAUCAUGCCAGGCCCGUCACGUCAUAAGCGACCACCUUGGAAUUUUCAUGGAUGAUAAGAGCACCCUGGAGGAUAUUCUGUCUAAAAAGGGCUUGUCUGUCACCAAGGGCAUCGUCAACGAUGAUAUGGAGAUCUGGGAAGACGGCUCUGUUUACAAAGCUGGAUCCAAUAAGGAGGGCAUUGAUAUCAGCGCUGAGGAUAGCAGCAGAGGAACCCCUUAA